UUGUGGCAAGUCUACAGUCCCAGGUCUGGACAGCUAGGCCUGAAAGACGUAACAGUUCUUGCCUUGAGUGUUGCUUGAACACCUUUCUUUCUCUAUCCUCUCUCCUGGCGGUAUUGUUAAAAAGAAUGCUUCGGUACACCAACACAGUAGUGGUAACUGCAUCCACACCUUUGAUAAGAAGGUUUGUGCACCUAGAAAAUGGACCAUACUUGACCCAUACUAAGCAUGAGACACAAGAAAAGGUGAAAGCAUUUGAUGAAAUACCAACCAGAAAUGCAAAUAUUCUACAAGCUGUCUUUGAUAUGAUUUACUUGAAGCGGAAAGGAUUGCUAACCAGGUCUGACCUAGUGGUCCAAGAGAAUGCUGAUAAAUAUGGGCCAAUUAUGCGAAAUUUCAUAGGAAAUCAAUUCAUAGUACAGAUCGUGGAUCCGAUUUUAGUAGAGAAAGUGUUCCGAGCAGAAGGAAAAUAUCCACAACGCAUGGAUUUCAAACCAUGGAAAGAGUACAGAGCCGCAAGGAAACUUCCUUUGGGAUUAUUUCUACAAGAUGGAGAGGCGUGGCAUAAAAGCCGUCAAGCUAUCGGCAAGCGUAUUUUGAAACCCAUAGCAAUGGCACCAUACCUUCCAGCAAUGAAGAAUAUAACAGACGAAAUGAUUGGACGCCUGAGGAGAAUCCAGAUAAAAGAAGGUGAAAAGAAAGACAUUAUGCCAGAUCUGGAAGAGGAGCUUUUUAAGUGGUCCAUGGAAGGCGUUACAAUGGUUCUCUUGGAUCAUCGACUUGGCCUAUUGUCUGAUAAGAUUGAUAAGCAAUCACAGAGUUUCAUUGAUGCAACCCACGAAAUCUUUGCAACCACAUUGGAGUUGUUCUUGUUUAAUGACUUCCACAAGCGUUUCAAUACCAAAUUGUGGCAGCGACAUGUUGCUGCUUGGGAUACAUCUAUUUCACUCACAAAGAAUUUGAUCCAGCAUCGUGUUGAGGACUUCAUGUCAGCAAAAGAGAAAGGCUCGGAAGUCAAAGAAGAUACAUUCCUAGGGGCUUUGAUCGCCAACAGUGACCUCACUCAAGAAGAAAUCUUUGGCAACUUGUCUGAGCUGAUAGGAGCUGCAAUCGAUACGACUUCAUACACCUUUUUAUGGACGUUGUACUUGCUAGCACACAAUCCUGAUGCUCAGGCAAAACUUCACAAAGAGAUAUGUGAUGCCUUACCGGUCGGUAAGCAAAUAACUCAAGAAGACUUGGCCAAGUUGGUGUAUAUGAAGAUGGUGAUAAAGGAAGCGUUGAGGAUGAACCCUGUUGUCACUGGAUUAUCAAGAAAGCUUGAAAAUGACAUUGUACUUAACGGGUAUCAUAUCCCAGCAAAGACUACAAUUGCAGUGCAAUUUUACCCAAUGUUAAAAAACCCAAACUACUUUGAAGAUCCAUUGGAUUUCCGACCCGAGCGCUGGGAUCGGACGAAGAAAAACAGUAAAGAUGUCAAUGCAUUUGCUUCAAUUCCCUUUGGUUUUGGCACAAGAAUGUGCAUCGGUCGUAGGUUUGCAGAACAGGAGAUGCAUCUACUGUUAGCUGAGAUAAUACGCCAAUUCGAUGUAGUGCCAACUAAGACAGUUGGCAUAACAACCAAACUUGUGGUCAUUCCAGAUGAGCCGGUUGAUCUGAAAUUUAUUGACAGACAUUAGGGAAAAAAAACUCUAAAAGCAACUCUGUAAUGUAUAUACCACAGCAAUAUUUUAAAGAAUUGGACUAGAAAAAAAAAACAUUGUAUCUGUAACGAAAGCCUGCCAUAUUGCAAUACAAAUAAUAAUUUAUAUCGAAUUGAGAAGUAGUAAAUAUAUUAAACAACCAAUUAUGAUUUACAAUUGCUUAUGCGUUCUUGUGCGUAAAGGUCCAUUCAUUGCCUCUUACACGCUUGCUGGAUUUGCUCAACUCGGGUCAGAUGUCUCCGAAGAUGGAGGGCGAUAUCCCCGACGAAGCCUCUGGAAACGAUGACAUUUCGUUUAGUCACUCUAAGAUAAAGGAUAUCUUCUCACAAGAUUAUCGAGUGAUUCAGUUAUUUUUGGAUAAGCAUCAUAAAUCAUAAAAUUCAUAGAUUUGAUAGAGUGUGAAAAUGUAUUACAAUUUCUCUAAAUACACAAGUGAAUGCAUGGUAUAUUUCGUAUUUAUUUCUGUUUUAAUACAGCAAUAAACACAUCAGUUGAAUUACGGCUUGUUGAUAGCCGGAGCUAAUGGACGUCUGCUGUCGAGUCGUUCAUUACAUAAUUUUUUACAAAACUUUUUUUGGUCUCAAAGGUUUUGCUUACAAUAAUUAUAGCAGUUAUAAUAUAAAAAUAAUUGUACUUAAUAUAGCAAUUGAUUAAACUUUUUUUCCUGGAUUAGAUGUAUGUGUAACCACUGUAAACGCUAAUUCCCAUCAAGCUCUACUAUUUUCUUCAUUUUUUUCUCUUUUUUUGUGAUGGCGUUACAAGAAUCAGGCGUACUUGCCUUUAAAAGGUUUUAUCCUUCUUGGGCUUAAUAAUGUAAAUAAAUUUUAUUUCUAGGA